AAUUUCAGAUGUUGCCUGUUAAAAUAAUGAGAUUUGGAAUGGCAGAGUGGAAAACUGGGAUGAAAGGGAUGGAGAACGGACGGAAAGGAUUACUCUUGCAAAACUUGUGUAAACGUGGUAUUCAAGAUUCAUCCUCGAUUAAACCAGACCAGGAGCUGGUUGUUGAAUAUUUAGAAGAAGAAAAUAGUGGAAUUGUUGUUUUUGGAAUAAACAGACCAAAAGCUAUGAAUGCUUUGAGCAAGACCUUGGUUCGAAGUUUUACUGAUGCUAUAGAUGCUGUCAAGUUUGAUAAAAAUGUUCGAGUUCUCAUUCUCAGGAGUCAUGUUAAAGGAGCUUUUUGUGCCGGAGCUGAUCUAAAGGAGAGAGCUAAAAUGACGCCAGCAGAAGUUGGUCCCUUUGUUUCAAAGGGUCGUGAAGUUAUUGGUGCCUGGGAUAAACUACCUAUGCCAGUGAUUGCAGCAAUUGAUGGAGUAGCACUUGGUGGUGGAUUAGAGAUGGCUCUUGCUUGUGACAUAAGAGUAGCUUCUGAUAACGCUAAGGUUGGGUUGACCGAAACUAGGCUUGCAAUUAUACCUGGAGGGGGAGGUACACAGAGAUUGCCCCGUGUAGUUGGGCCUGCAAUUGCCAGAGAAUUAAUUUAUACUGCUAGAAUAUUAUCAGGAGCACAGGCAGAGAAAAUAGGAUUGGUAAACCACUGUGUUGCGCAAAAUGAAGAUGGAAAUGCCGCGUACGCCAAAGCUCUUGAAAUUGCCAGAGAAAUAAUCCCGAAUGGACCGGUUGGGGUUAAAAUGGCCAAAAUGGCGAUCAACAAAGGCGUGGAGGUCGAUCUAGCCUCAGGGCUGGCAUUUGAAGAAACAUGCUACGCACAGGUUAUUCCUACCACAGACAGGAUAGAAGCCCUGAAUGCUUUCCGGGAAAAGCGGAAACCGAAUUUCAAGGGAGAAUAGAUAUCCGGUCCAGCUAACUAGUACCUUCAGUAAUUAUUGAUUUAAAUUGGAUUUUUAUGAUUAUAUAAUUGUAAAUUAUUA